AUGAGCCAGAAGACCUCGUGGGUACAGGGAGCCACAGGAGGACGCGCGUACCGGUGGACGACUGAUCGGCGGGUCGACUUAGCUACAGGUACUGUCACUCACUCCUUUUUACAUGUGCCUGAUUGUCCCUACCCCCUAUUGGGACGAGAUCUUCUGACAAAACUGGGAGCACAAAUCAACUUUAAAGACCAAGAAAUAACAGUGACUGGGCCUCAAGGGAAAUCCCUGUGCAUCUUAACCCUAAAAUUAGAAAAUGAAUACAAACUACAUGAGGCCAUUAGAAAAACUGAAACUAACAAAGAGGGAACCCCACCUUACAUGGAGAGAUGGAUGACUGAAUUCCCAGAUGCAUGGACAGAGACGGUGGCAUGGGAUUGUCAGUGCAACAGCCACCAGUACACCAGUACACGUACAACUAAAGGCUACUGCAGGGCCCGUCCAAGACCUAAGAGAAAGCCUUGUGCCCAGGUAAACGCAGGGCGACUAAAACUUCCCCAAGGAGCCCGUGCCCAAGGACACCGACCGGGAAUACAAUGGGAAAUAGACUUUACUGAAGUAAAACCGGGACUGUAUGAUUAUAAAUAUCUCUUAGUUUUUGUAGACACCUUUUCAGGCUGGGUAGAAGCCUACCCCACGAAGAAUGAAACGGCCACGACAGUCGUUAAAAAACUCCUUGAAGAAAUUUUUCCCCGGUACGGAUUGCCGCAAGUAUUAGGGUCAGAUAACGGUCCCGCUUUCGCCUCCCAGGCGCAUCUCCAGGCUCUCAGAGCAGUGAGAGAGUACAUCUGGAAACCGCUUGCAGAGGCCUACAAGGACAAAGACAUUCCACCGUGCCCUCACCCGUUCAAGGAAGGAGACCAGGUGUAUGUCCGGAGACACCAGGCAAAAACCUUAGAACCACGGUGGAAAGGACCCUUUACUGUCCUACUGACUACUCCAACCGCCCUGAAAGUCGACGGAAUUGCCGCCUGGGUACAUGCCUCCCACGUGAAACACGCCAAGGAUCAGCCAGCAACAGGGACUACAGGGACUGACCAGGAACCAGAAUGGAAACUUCAACGAACCCCAAAUCCUCUAAAGAUAAGACUGACUCGUGCUUAAAAAUGUACUUUUUGACUUUGCUAUCUCUUCCAUGUUCAUUGUCAGAUUAUAACC